UGUUUCUUGUCAGUGUUGUGUGAACGCAAAUAAGCAAAUUAUAAAGAAAAAGUCAUUAUUACCAAGCAACUUCUGUAAAAAAAAGAGUCACACGCUCACAUACCCAAUUUUGUUGCAGUGCGAAUUUUUUCACAUUUGAAGUGCAACAAACAAUUGAUUUAAGAAAGCAACAGAGAAAAAAAUCAGCUACCAGGCAUCAGAAAAAAACUAUAGGUGAAAAGACGUGAAAACUUGUAAAUUGUUUAAACGCGUCGAUAGUCGCUAAGUCGGCUACAGUGUCUCGCAGCUCUGUGCCGCAGAAUCUUUUCUUUUGUGGCGGAUCGGUGUAUAGCUAGCUACAUACAUACGUAUAUCCCUAAUUCGACGUGUGUCAGCCGUUGAAUCUUUUAGAUUAGGAACUCUAAAGAAUUGGAGAAAAACGCAUAUUGCGAACUACUAUACACAGAUAGUCACACUGUGAGCGGCGCAUUCAGUUUUAGAAACCCUGCGUUGUAAUCUCUCUUAGCGGUUUGAUAGGAAAACCCAGCUUCAGUUUUUUCUUUAAGCUCUUGGUAAGCAAGCAAACAACACAGCAAAAUGUCUACAGUCGACAAAGAGGAAUUGGUCCAAAAGGCAAAAUUGGCUGAACAAUCUGAAAGAUACGAUGACAUGGCUCAGGCUAUGAAGUCAGUAACAGAAACCGGCGUUGAACUGUCAAAUGAGGAAAGAAAUUUACUCUCCGUUGCAUACAAAAAUGUUGUUGGUGCCCGCCGCUCCUCAUGGAGAGUAAUUUCAUCAAUCGAGCAAAAAACUGAAUCCUCCGCCAGAAAACAGCAGCUCGCCCGCGAGUACAGAGAGCGUGUGGAGAAGGAGCUUAGGGAAAUCUGUUACGAAGUUUUGGGUCUCCUGGACAAACACCUUAUUCCAAAAGCCAGUAAUCCAGAGAGCAAGGUAUUCUACCUGAAAAUGAAGGGAGAUUAUUACAGGUAUUUAGCUGAGGUGGCCACAGGAGACGCACGCAACACCGUUGUAGACGACUCCCAAACCGCUUACCAGGAUGCAUUUGAAAUUAGUAAGGGAAAAAUGCAGCCAACACAUCCAAUCCGGUUGGGUUUAGCCCUAAACUUUUCAGUCUUCUAUUAUGAGAUUCUGAAUUCUCCAGAUAAAGCUUGCCAACUGGCCAAACAGGCGUUCGAUGACGCGAUAGCUGAACUGGAUACACUCAACGAGGACUCAUACAAAGACUCGACGCUGAUUAUGCAAUUGUUGAGAGACAACUUGACCCUCUGGACGUCGGACACGCAAGGGGACGGCGAUGAACCACAAGAGGGUGGCGACAACUAACCAAACUAAAUUGUUUCCUUUUGACUAUGCAAAUAUUAAUUAAAAAAUAAAAAUAAAAUACCACAACAACAUCAAAAUGAUACAAGAACAGUAAUACAACAGCAACAGCAACAGCAAAAUUAAAAGCAUAAAAAACAAAAUCUUCAAAUAGUGAAACAGAGGCAGAAGCAAACUGAAUGCAACCUAAAUUUAAACAAAUUCAUUUGAAAUGAAAGAGCAGUGAACAUACAAACUACAACAAAAACAGCAGCGGGAACAACAAUAGUCACAGUCAGCAAUAGCAGAACACUAUUUGAAUGCAAAAUUAAGAAGCAAACAAACCAUCAUCAUCAAGUUAAAUUAAUAGCAAUAUUUUAACUAAGGAAUGAAUAAACAAAAAGAAACGCAAAAAAUUUCAAAUGUCAUUUCCAACGGGCAACUAAGAAUGACAAAUGAGAACCAAGUAGCAAAUAGCCUUUCGCUAAAGUCUUGUACGAGUUUUUAAUUCAGUUGCAUAGCUGCAGCUGCCCAUUGCAUUGCAUUGCAUAGUCGUGCAUACAUUUACAUACAUACAUACAUACAUAUAUUUUAUGUACAGCAAAAGGAGAACAGUGUGGCAUGGGGAAUUGCAAGCAAAGCGGUAACAAGUUUGUCUCUCCCCUCCGAAUUGCGAAUUCCAUAGUUUGGGUUUAGCUUUUGGUGCAUGUUGACUGGUUCAAGGCAGCAGCAGCAAAUGCACUUUUUCUGUUUCCCAUUGACCAUGCCGUUCUCAUGAGUAACGCAGGCGUUUGUUGGGUGUUGCAACACCGUAUACCGUAUUAAUUAAUAGAGCAUAGAGGCAUAGAGAGCUAGCAGCGAACAAAGGCUAAUGUUUGGAAAGCUUUGAAAUUUUGAAAAUUUCUUUUUGUUGUGUAUGCGAGAAGAAAAAAUAUGCAAAAUUCAAAAUGUGUUUUGCCAUUUGCCAUUCAUCAGUUCAGCUCGCCAACAACAAUCAAACUAAAGCAAUUAGAAAAUGAAACUGUGAAACAAAGCGCGUUUCAAAGCAAACAACCAGCCAACCAGCCGAGAAAACAACCAAAAAGCAAGAUGAGCAAAAUUUCGCAAUAACAGCAAGAAUUAAGAUCGAUAUUUAAAUGAAAUUAUAUCAUCAAAUCUAGAAAAGCGUAAAAUUUGUUAGGAAGAGCAUUAUACAUAUAUUAUUUAUUAUUUUUUAAUGAAUAAUUUGAUUUUGUUUUUUUUAUAUUAACCAAAAGUCAUUCUCGUUUCGUUUUCUAAAUUUUGUACGUACCUUCAUAAAAAAUGGAAAACGUGCACUCGAGUUAUAAUUAUUUGCAUGAUUUAUCUCAAUCAAAUGAAAGAAUUGGGGGGGUGUGCAAUAGAAAUAUGCAACUCGAAAAUUUUUUCUUGAGAAAAACGAAAUUUUGUUUGAGUGCACGUUUUUGCCAAUUUUCGAAAUCAUUGCAAAACUAAGUGGCUGAAACGAAAGAGAACAAAAAUAGUAAAAUUGUAGAGAAGCUUAAAACAUAUUUGGUGUGUUUUAAUGAGUAUGUUUAGGUGGCCCAGGUUGAAGCAGUAAUUCACGGCGCGCCACACGCUUCUAACACAAUUAGUGGCAUACCAAUUCGUUUUUAUUCCUUAUCAAAAUUGUUUUUGUCAAAAAAGUAUAAACGAUGAUUUCUAUUAUUUUUAAAUAAAAAAAAAAAACGUUAUUACGUUAUA